ACGCGCUUUUUAGUGAUGGACGUCAUCGAUGUAGAUGAUUUAAUUGUUGAAGUGCAGAAAAGAUCGCCCAUAUAUGAUACGUCGUUAAAAGAAUAUUACGACUUAAGUGAAAAAAAGAAAUUGUGGUACCAAAUAUGCCAAAUAAUUUACACUCCUGCAGUAUGGAUUAAGUUGUCAUCGACUGAAAAAACUAAAUAUGUGUUCAAAGCAAUCAUGGCAAAGUUCUUAAUAGUGUUGGCAUUGGCAGCGGUGGCUUCAGCACACCAUGAAAGGGAAGGACCUCUCAAAGCGAUCGUCCGCAUCACCAGCCCCACUGGUAAGGACGUGAGCGGCCUCAUCAAGUUCACCCAGCUGGAUGACUCGAAGGUUCACGUGGAGGGCUCCAUCUCCGGUCUCCCGGCCGGCGAGUACGGAUUCCAUGUGCACGAGAAGGGAGACCUUUCUGGAGGCUGCGCGUCCACUGGCUCGCAUUUUAAUCCUGAACAUAAGCAGCACGGCCAUCCCAACGACGAGAACCGCCACGUGGGCGACUUGGGCAACGUAGUCUUCGACGCCCACGGCAACAGCACUCUGGACUUCGUCGACAGCCAGAUCUCACUCUACGGACCCCACUGCAUCGUCGGCCGAGCCGUGGUCUUGCACGAGAAGGCCGACGACUACGGGAAGUCCGACCAUCCGGACUCCAAGAAGACCGGAAACGCCGGAGGCCGCGUCGCCUGCGGUGUUAUUGGCAUUCUGUCCCCGGUAGACGGCUGGUUUGAGAACUCUGCAUUGCAGUGCUCACUAUCAUCGUCCAUACUUCUUUUAUUAGUACUUAUUUAUUCUGUUGUACAAUAUUAA